AAACGACAGGAGGCAAGAAGAAAGGGAAGCGGCUGAUAGCUAGGCGGCGGGUAAUGUGAAGUGGAUUUGACCGCGUUUGGAUGGAGGAAAUCGCACACACACACACACACACACACACACACACACACACGGUAAAAAUUGAGAGCUAGUGAAACAAACAGAGAGACAGAUAGACCGACAAGCCGGUGAAAGCACACACAGAGUAAGGGCACAGAGAACUGGUGAAACAAACAUCUCACACACACAAGGUUAAAAACUGAGAGCAGCUGAAACUAGACAGAUAGGUGGACAACGGGUGAAACACACACACAAAUACGGGGUAAAGGCACAGAGAACCGGUGUAACAGAGACAGAGAGAGAAAGAGGUGAAAGAAAGAAAACGGGUGGAAUACAAACAUAUAGCCACCCACAAGCGACCAAUGAAAGAGAGAAAGAGUGGAGACAGCGGUGGAACAUACACAUAGACCACCGAUAAAACACUCCAGAGUGAGAGAGACAACGGUUAGCGCACACACACACACACACACACACACACACAGAGAGAGAGAGAAGGACAGCGCGUGGAACAGAGUGUGAGAGAGAACAGAAACAUUAGGGACAACGGGAGGCAGAGGGGGAGAGAGGAAAGAGAGAGAGAGGUGGCAGAGAAAGGAAGAACAGAAAGAUCGGGGACAACGGGUGGAACAGAGAGAGAGGGAGGAGGAAGAGAGGGAGAGAGAAAGAAAGUAGAGAAAGAUCAGGGACAACGGGUGGAACAAACCCACACACACACGCACACAUAGACAACCAGUGAAAAAGGCACACAUUAGUUCGGGAGUGACGAUAUCAGCAAGUUGCAGAUUGUCCCUCUGCCCUGCUAACUGUAAGUGUGCCGAUAUAACACAUUUCAAAGUGGCACAGAAUGCGCCUGGAAUUCACCGGCUGGAUGUUUGGACUCCUCGCUCUGCUGGCAAUCCUUCUCGUUCUGGCGGAUAUUUCCGAAGUGGAGAUAGAAUUCGGAUUUACAGAAGGAAAGAGAAUCAUGAAGGCAUCCAAAGAAACUCUACAGGACAAGUGUUGCAGGGGGGAUGUAAUCGCAGACAUUUCAUCCAGCACGCCCCAGCAGAAGGCUGAGAAUAAGGAGAUCACGGAACUACAGGCAAGGCACCCUGAAGUACACGAGUGGAAACUUAAUGCCACGCUAACAGCAAGGAUAAGGAAAGACAUUCUGAGGUUUCUGGAUGCAGAGAAGGACAUUUCAGUGCUGAAAGGCAGGCUGAAGCCGGGGGAUAUCAUCCAUUAUAUUGUUGACAGGGACAGGACUCUGAAUAUAUCCUACAGCCUGUACAAGCUAUUGCCAAAGAUAUCGCCAAUGAAAAAUAAACACUUCAAACAAUGCGCAAUUGUUGGGAAUUCUGGAAUUCUGCUCAACAGUGGCUGUGGACAAGAGAUUGAUGCUCAUGAAUUUGUGAUAAGGUGUAAUCUUGCCCCAGUUGAAGAGUAUGCACAGGACGUCGGACUGAAGACUGACUUGGUGACUAUGAAUCCUUCUGUGGUGCAGCGUGCAUUUGAGGAUCUGAAGAACGAGACGUGGAAGGAGAAACUACUGCACCGGUUAAAGAUGCUGGACGGCGCCAUUCUCUGGAUUCCAGCGUUUAUGGCCAAAGGGGGAGAAGAGCGUGUGGAGUGGGUGAACAACCUCAUCAUAGAGCACAAAAUCCACAUUCAGACAGCCUAUCCGUCACUAAGGCUUCUACAUGCAGUGCGGGGGUAUUGGCUGACUAACAAGGUCCUGAUUAAACGCCCCACUACUGGACUCUUGAUGUAUACACUUGCCACUCGAUUCUGCGAUGAAAUCCACCUUUAUGGUUUCUGGCCUUUUUUUAAGGACCAGAAGGGAAAUACAGUGAAAUAUCACUACUAUGACAGUCUGACCUAUGAGUACAACUCGAGGGCUACUCCGCACACAAUGCCACUGGAGUUCAAAACACUGAAAAACAUGCACCUGCAGGGUGCGUUGAAACUAAACAUUGGAGAGUGCAAGUUGGCAACACAGGGUUAGAAGGAAGUCGAGGGAAGAGGGAGACUCUCCACUGUGGGAUCAACGGGAAGCUGGACGAAUCCAGGUUAUCCUCACGUAGGGGGAAUUGGCCACUGAGGGAACAGACUCAUGUGGACGAGGCAUCAGUGCUCUGAAUGCAUGAGCAUUAGAAACGGAAGGCAAACCUUUUGUAUGAGGAGGAGAGCAGCAACACGGAGAGGCCUCCACAACGCGAUUGGGCUUUUGCGAGAUGCAGCGCAGGCCCUCUCUGUCAGGAGAGAUGUCGCCUCUUACGGAGCUGGGCCCAAGCGUCAGAAACUUCAGCACUUAUGUUUUGAUCAAAUUACAUUUUUCAGUUAAACUUGUGACGGAUUUUGAAUAAACACAGGAAACGUUAUUACCCACCCAAAGCGAUUUUAGAAUUUGUAACAAAAGAAAGGCACUUUAAUUGGAAUUUCUGCUGGAGAGAUUGUCUGCCUGUUUCCCUAAUUUCAGCGGUCACCUGAAGGUAAUCUCACCAACCUAGAAGAGUGAACAGAGUAAUAGAAAAUUGGAUUAACUGAGUGAGAGUAAUUCAAAUGAGAGAUCUAAAGUUGCGAGAUUUAAUCAAGCGGUUGGUGUGCAGUUCCAAGCUGUCAUAGAAUCUGUAAUGGACUAUCACCACAGUUUCCUAGUUUCUGUUAUAAUUCAUGGGCCACAGUUCUGUACAGUACAACCCAGAAUCAGCUUCUCCUCAGUUAUGUCUGCAAUUUUGCCCAUUAAAAUUACUAUUAUUAUACAGAAUCUAGAAUUCCCCACAAUACGCUGCCUAAGACUUGGAAUACAGGGUCUUUGGACUCCCUGUGAUAUUGAGUCUUGCAAUUGAAUACAAUGCAGAAUCUAUGAUUCCCCAAAAUUAUGAUCUGUAAUUCCUGGGGCUCUGUGAUUUCCCCAUAAUGCAGGGUUUGCUUUUUCCCCAUUAUAUAGUCUGUGAUACACAUCAGUAC